GAAACAAGAGUUGGAUAGUAGUCACCCUUCAAAGCAACCUGGGAAACCUCCAGACCCUGGGCAUCCUGUUCAGCCUGGUCUCAGUAAGAGCAGAACUACAGACACUUUUAGGUUGGAGCAGAAAUUGCCUGGAAGGAGCGCUUCCACUAUUAGCUUGAAAGAAUCUAAAUCCAGAACUGAUUUCAAGGAGGAGCACAAAUCCAGUAUGAUGCCUGGUUUCCUCUCAGAGGUUAACCCUUUAAGUGCUGUCUCCUCUGUUGUAAAUAAAUUCAACCCUUUUGAUUUGAUAUCAGACUCUGAGACAUCCCAGGAAGAAACCACCAAGAAACAAAGAACAGCUCCCAAGGAGCAAGGAAAACCUGAGGGAAUCACAAAACCUCCAUCACAGCAGUCACCCAAGCCUGUUCCUAAGCAGCAAGGACCUGCCAGGGAUUCUGUUCAGCAAGAGGGCUCUCCCAAAUCAGUAUCUUCCCAGCAAGCUGAGAAAGUUAAACCACAGCCUCCGGCGACAGGAAAGCCAGUUCAGGGGCCUGUGUUACCGGCUCAGACAGAUCCGGCAAAGUUGCCACUUCAGCGUGAUGCAGCCAGGCCUCAGGCUAAGCAGCCAGACCCAGGGCAUGGAGAGGCAGUUAAGCCCUCACAGCAGAGCCCGUCCAAACCACCCCUGCAGCAGGCAGGUCCUGGGAAACCUCCAGCCCAGCAGCCUGGACCUGGAAAACCACAGCCUGGGCCUGCAAAACCUGCAGUCCAGCAACCAGGGCUGGCAAAGGCCCUAGGACUACAGCCAGGGACAGUGAAGCCCCCGGCCCAGCAGCCGGGGCCCCCAAAACCCACUGCUGACCAGCCUGCACCACAGUCUCCAAGCAAGACGCCCGGGCCUGCAAAGACUCCAGCUCAGCAGCUGAGUCCAGCAAAGCCUCCAGCUCAGCAGCCAGGUUCAGCAAAGCCCCAAGCUCAGCAGCCUGGUCCAGGAAAACCCUCAGCUCAACAGCCUGGCCUAGCAAAGCCCCCAGUCCAGCAGCCCAGCCCAGCAAAACCCUUAUCUCAGCACCCUUCAAAACCAGUAACUGGGAAACCUCCACAACCACCACCAACUUCUCCAUCUGUAACUCAGAUUCCAGUACAAGGCUCCUCUAAAGCCAUCUGUCCUCUUUGCAACACCACUGAACUUCUGCUGCAUGUUCCAGAAAAGGCCAAUUUUAGCACAUGCACUGAGUGUCAAACCACUGUCUGUAGCCUCUGUGGUUUUAAUCCCAAUCCUCAUUUAACCGAGGUGAAGGAAUGGCUCUGUUUAAACUGUCAGAUGCGAAGAGCCCUAGGAGGUGAGCUCGCUCCCAUGCCACCAUCACCCCAGCCCAAACCCAAGACCACCUCUGUGGUGCCGGCAGCAGCUGUAAGCAGACCUGCCCCACAGGCCCUGCAGGCCUCCCCAAAGAAGGAUCUCACAGCCAAGCAGGAUGCUUCUAAGGCCCCUGAGUCCAGGAAGCCCCCGCCACUUCUGAAGCAACCAACCCUACAUGGUCCUCCAUCCUCUCCAGCCAAGCAGCCUCCCGUGGCAGAGCCCUCCUCCAAGCCAGGCACCCCACCUGAGCAGGCCAAGGCCCCUGCUGCUGACCACAAACCAAAGCAGCCCAUGAUAGGAAGGCCUGCUGCAGACACCGAGUCUUCUGCACCAGCAGCAGGCAAGCCUGACCUCCCUAGCUCCCAAGUCCAGCCACAGGCUCCAGAGAAGACAGCCCCUCCUAUGAAGAUGGAGUCUGCCAAGCCCUCCCAAAGCUUCCCGCCAACUGGAGAGAAAGUCACCCCACUUGACUCCACAGCCAUGCCUCGGCCUGCAUCGGAUUCAAAGAUACUCUCACGUCCUGGGCUCAGCUCAGAGAGCAGAGAUCCCAAGAAAGUUGAUCCUGUUCAAAAGAAGGAGGAACCCAAGAGAGCACAAACCAAAAUGAGCCCCAAACCAGAUGCCAAGCCAAUGCCAAAAGGGUCACCAACGCCCCCUGGCCCACGCCCUCCUGCUGGCCAAACUGCCCCCACACCUCUGCAGCCCCCAAAGUCUCAGGAGCAGUCCAGACGUUUCAGUCUCAAUCUAGGAAGUAUCACUGACACCCCAAAAUCCCAGCCCACAACUCCUCAAGACACUAUGACUGGGAAGCUCUUUGGGUUUGGUGCGUCAAUCUUCAGCCAGGCAUCAAAUUUAAUUUCCACAGCGGGCCAGCCCGGACCUCCUUCCCAAGAUGGGCCAGCAGCCCCAGCUAAACAAGCUGCUCCUGCAUUCCAGCCCUCUGCUUCUCAGGGGCCCUCUAAACCCACAGGACAGGCAACACCAGCGCCUGUGAAGGUCGCCCCUGUGAAAAAGGAAACAAAAGCUCCAGUGGCUGAGAAGGCAGAGGCCAAAGAUGAACUAGCUCCAGCAGGGAAAAGAACAGAAGCGGACAAGAAGCCACCCCCUGCCAAAGACAGCAGACCUCCAGCAGCUGAGCCUGAAAAGGCUGUGCAACCCCCCACACUGGAGAAAACCCCCAAGCCCCCACCGGCUUGUCCGCUCUGCAAAACUGAACUCAAUACGGGUUCUCAGGGUCCUCCUAACUUCAGCACUUGCACAGAAUGCAAGAGUCAAGUGUGUAACCUGUGUGGAUUUAACCCUACUCCCCACUUGUCUGAGAUUCAAGAAUGGCUGUGUUUAAAUUGCCAAACUCAGAGAGCUAUCUCAGGACAGCUCGGAGACAUGGGCAGAAUGCCACCUGCACCCUCUGGACCCAAAGUGUCCCCUGUGCCUGGCCUUGCAGAACCUCCGCCUCAGAAAGCAGCAGCUGCUGCUCAGGGAAAAGCGAAAAAGAAGGAAACAGAAGCAAAAACUGAGGCUGUAAAACCCACUCCAGAGAAAGUAAAAGAAACAGCUUCAAGUGAAAAGACUCCUAAGAUUCCCUCAGACCUAAAACAAGAAGAGAGUAAACUCAAGGAAGACAAAGUUUCAACCCUUCCAGAAGAAAAGCCACUGUCCAAAGAGGAAAAGCCACUUUCGGAGGACAGAACGUUAACCACCAAAGAAAAGAAGCCGCUUCCUAAGGAAAAGGAGCCAGCCCUUGAAGAAGAAAGGCCAGCUCCUGAAGACAAAAAGUCAUCCCCAGAAGCGGAAGCCCUGGGCCCAGAAGAGGAAGCAAAGCGUGAGACGGUUGAACCUCAAGUGCAAGUUGCCCAAGAGAAGUCCCGGGGCAGGGGUGCUCCCGAGACACCACAAAGGGAGAAGCAACCCCAGGCCCAGGUGGAAGCUUUGCCCCCUGGCCCAGCACAGACUUUACCCAAGGAGGAGGCCCAGACGACCAAGGCGAAGGGGCAGCCACAGGUAGCCGGCUCAGCAAAACCCGAACAGGCCGAACCUGGGAAGGAAAAAACAGAAAAGGAAGAGGACAAGUCAGACACCUCAAGUUCUCAGCAGCCUAAAAGCCCACAAGGCCUGAGCGACACAGGAUAUUCUUCUGACGGAAUAUCAGGGUCUCUUGGUGAGAUCCCAAGUCUGAUUCCCAGUGAUGAGAAGGACUUGCUCAAGGAACUCAAAAAGGACUCUUUUUCUCGAGAAAGCAGCCCGCCCAGCCCCACCGACCUGGCCAAGCUAGAAAGCACGGUCCUCUCCAUUCUGGAAGCCCAGGGUACUACGCUGGCAGAUGAAAAACCAGACAGGAAGACACAACCCCUCGAGGUCUCUGCUGCGCAGCCGAGGGACCCACAGAAAGCGCAGCUGCUCCCCAAAGCCCUGGAGAGGACUGCUGCCCAGGAGGAGCUCAAGGACAGCCCAGAAGAAAGGAGAGAUGAUUCCAGGAAAGGGGCUCAACAGGGCGUGCCGGGUGGCCAGGGCCCCCCAGAACGGGCCAGGCUGGCAGGGGACAGUCGCGCCUCGCUGGAGGACAGCAGCGAAAGCGAGACCUCGCCGGUGCCCCCCAGGAAGCGGAGGGCCAGCGUGGGCUCGUCGAGCAGUGAGGAGGACAAGCACGAGGCCAGUGCGGGCUCAGGGGAUGAGGAGGACUUCAUCCGCAAGCAGAUCCUGGAGAUGAGCGCCGAUGAGGACGCCUCGGGCUCGGACGACGACGAGGGGCUGCGGCAGCGGCGGCUGCCCGAGCCCGGGGGCGCAAGCCCGGCGCCGGCCUGGAGGAGGAGACGGGCCGCCGCCACUCGUGGCAUGAUGAGGAGGACGAGGCCUUCGACGACAGCCCCGACGGCAAGGCCAGGGAGACCAAGAGCCAGGAGGGCGAGGAGCCGGCGCUGGCCGGCGGGGGCCUGCGGCGCUUCAAGACGAUCGAGUUGAGCACGGCCGAGCAGCGGCGCGCCGCGCUGUUCCCCGACGAGGAGCCCGAGCUGGAGAUGGAGAGCCUGACCGACUCGCCCGAGGACCGCUCGCGCGGCGAGGGCUCCUCCAGCCUGCACGCGUCCAGCUUCACGCCCGGCACCUCGCCCACGUCCGUGUCGUCGCUGGACGAGGACAGCGAUAGCAGCCCGAGCCACCGGCGCGGCGAGGGCAAGCAGCCGCGCAAGGCCCGGCACCGCAGCCACGGGCCCCCGCUGCCCACCAUCGAGGACUCCUCGGAGGAGGAGGAGCUGCGCGAGGAGGAGCAGCUGCUGCGGGAGCAGGAGCGGCAGCGCGAGGCGGAGCAGCAGCAGCGCAAGGGCGCGGGCCGCAAGUCCAAGAAGGACAAGGAGGAGCUGCGCGCGCAGCGCAGGCGCGAGCGGCCCAAGACGCCGCCCAGCACGCUGUCGCCCAUCGAGGACGCGUCCCCCACCGAGGAGCUGCGCCAGGCGGCCGAGAUGCAGGAGCUGCAGCGCUCCUCCUGCUCCGAGUACUCGCCCAGCCUGGAGUCCGACCCCGACGGCUUCGAGAUCAGCCCCGAGAAGAUCAUCGAGGUGCAGAAGGUCUACAAGCUGCCCGCCGCGGUGUCGCUGCGCUCGCCCACGGAGGAGCCGCCGGCUGCGCCCGAGGAAGGCGCUCGCAGGCCGCUGAAGAGCGCCAAGGAGAUGUACGAAGACGUGAUGCACCGGGCCCCCAGGUACAGAGCGUUCCCGGGCGCCGGCGAGCGGGACGAGGCGUUCGAGAAGGAGCCGCUGUACGGCGGGAUGCUGAUCGAGGACUACAUCUACGAGUCGCUCGUGGAGGACGCGUUCGCGGGGCCGGACAGCAGCCCACUGGCGGGGCCGGAGGAGGAGCACGGACUCGCGCCGCAGCGGGCGCGGGAGCCAGAGGUGAGGCUUGUGGAGCCCCUGUAUGAGGACCCGAUGCAGAAGAUCACAGACUUCCAGAAGGAGCUGUACGAGCUGGAGGGCUUGCAUGUGGCUGUGCCUCAGGAAGACAUCGUGUCGAGCUCCUACAUCAUCCCGGAGAGCCACGAGAUCGUGGACCUGGACACCCUGGUGACGGCCGCUGGCGAAGCAAAGGAGCUGCUGGACGCCGACGCUGCCUACGAGCAGCUCCUGAGGCGGCAGCAGCUGCCGCUGAGCCCUGGAGCCCCCGCGGGGGACGAGAUGCCCGCGGCCGGGGUGGACCUGGACCUGGACCUGGACCGCGCGCCCGACGCCUCGCUCACCUCCAGCGUGCUCUCCGGCGCGUCGCUGACGGACUCCACCAGCAGCGCCACGCUGUCCAUCCCGGACGUGAGAAUCACCCAGCACUUCUCCACAGAAGACAUCGAGGACGAGUACGUGACGGACUACACGAGGGAAAUCCAGGAGAUCAUUGCCCACGAGUCGCUGAUCCUGACCUACGCGGAGCCCUCGGAGAGCGCGGCCUCGCUGCCGCCCUCGGACUCGGCGUCGCCCUCGCUGGCGUCCUCGCUGUCCUCGCUGUGCACCACGGACAGCUCCUCGCCCGGCGCCGGGCUGGACGCCGCCAGGGGCGAGGGCUCGGCGGACGUCUCCUCGUCCACCUACCUCCCAGGAAGCGUCAUAGACUACCCGGAGGAGAUCAGCAGACCCUCGGGGCCGGCUGGCGCCCGGGAAAGCGGGGCCGGCGCGGGUCCCGCCGCGACCUCCGUAUCCGGCGCGCCCCCUCCAGUCCCAGAGCCGCCGGGAGCUGAAGCGGACUGGGCUGAGUCUGAGAGAGAGCCAGUGGGAAAAGCUAAGAGGGAAGCCAGCCCUGGGGUUAUUCUGGAAGGGUUGGAAGCUUACAGAGAUGAAAGGAAGGAGUCUGAGGCCGAACCAAGGAAAACAUCCUUAUCGGAGGCCGUGUCUGACCAGCCGUUGGCCCCUGCAGCGGCACCCCUGAGGAAGGAGCCGCCGGCAGCGGCACACUUCCCAUCCAGGGAGGUCUUGCCUCGCGGAGGCCCACCGUCUCAGUUUCCGCGGGGCAGCCCCUCGGUGUCCUCCCUGCCCGCCAAGUCUCGGCCCUUCCUCCGAAGUUCUUCUCUGGAUGUUUCAACCCAGCCUCCUCCCCCACCUCCGCCCCCACCCCCUCCUCCUCUACCCCCUCCUCCUCCUCCCCCUCCCCCACUGCCCCCACCCACAUCGCCUAAACCAACUGCUCACCCUAAAAAAAAGUCCACAGUUGCUGCUCCCCUGACUCCAGCUACCGCAGCGGCGCCUCGGACUGACGCUGUCACUCCUGCAGAGGCGGCAGCCGUCCCUAGGAGUGAUGGGUCGCCUGGAACAAAAGUAUGCACCCCCGCACCCCCUCCUGUCCCCCCUAAGCCUGCCUCCAUUCCCUCUGGACUCGUUUUCACACACAGGCCCGAGCCAAGCAAACCACCCAUCGCUCCCAAACCAGCAGUUCCUCAGCUCCCGGGAGCUGUGCAGAAACCGAGGGACACACAGCCCAAACCAACAGGUCCACCGUUAGCUUCGGGCAUGACCUUGAGUCUGGAGACCUCCGCGGAGUAUACAUUGCCUUCCCCCACCUCCCCCCUCUCCCCACACUCCAACAAGUCAUCACCAAGGUUUGGCAAGUCCCUCAUGGAAACGUACGUGGUCAUUACACUGCCAUCAGAGCCCGGGACGCCCACCGAGUCCUCAGCUAGCCAGGCAGUUACCAGUUGGCCCCUGGGAUCCCCCCCACAGGAGCUGGUUUCCAUCGACCCUGUGUUUUCUGUAGUUCCUCCUGUGAGCUCUGCAGAAAUCCAGGGUUCUUCCCAGCCAGCCCUGUACCUCGCAGGAGCUUUGGAGACAUUCUCAGUUGCCCCUGUGGUAAUGCUGCCUUCAUUUCAAGGAGCUCCGGCUCCACAUUUUCUUCCAGCUGAGGUCUACAAGGCGGAGAUUCCAGAACCCAGACAGACCAUCGCCAGCAUUGGUCCUGGCAGUGUUUCCGUAUCAAUUCCUCCAGAGCCUCUUGCUCUAGAUAACCUACACUUAGAGAAGCACAAGGAAAAUGGAAAACUGCCUCUUGUUGGGGAUGCCAUUGACUUGCGUACCGUACCCAAAGUAGAUGUGAAAGCAACUGAAAAAUGUGUGGAUCUUUCUGCAUCUGCUGUGGAUGUGAAAAGACAGGCCAUGGCAAAUGACAUUUAUGGGAGACCAAUGAGUGCCGUCCAGCCUUCUGUCAUCAAUCUCAGUGCAGCAUCAUCAGGGGUGACUCCAGUCUCCCUGGACAUAGAGACAGUGACAGUUGUUGCAUGCACAACUACUGCCAGUUAUACCUCAGGCACAGAAAGCCUGGUGGGCAUAGAACACAUGAUCCCAACCCCACUGCAGCUCACUACAUCAAAGCAUGCUGAGCCCCCAUACAGGCUGCCCAGCAGCCAGGCCUACCCAGCACUUAGGGAGGAAGCACCAAUAAAUUUGUCUCUAGGUCCUUCCGCACAUGCAGUAACAUUGGCUGUUACAAAACCUGUCACUGUGCCUCCUGUUGGAGUCACAAAUGGAUGGACUGAUAGCAUGACCUCCCAGGCAAUCCCUGAUGGGGAAGUAGUGGAUCUCAGCACAACAAAGUCUCACAGAACUGUUGUAACCAUGGAUGAUUCUACUUCAGGUGUGGUGACCAAAAUAAUAGAAGAUGAUGAGAAACCUGUUGAUUUGACUGCAGGAAGAAGGGCCGUGUGCUGUGACAUGGUCUAUAAGUUCCCUUUCGGCAGAAGCUGCACAACCCAGCAGCCCGCAACCACUCUUCCUGAGGAUCGCUUCGGUUAUCGGGAUGACCACUAUCAGUAUGACAGGUCUGGGCCCUACAGUUAUAGAGGAAUUGGUGGAAUGAAAGCCUCCAUGUCUGACACUAAUUUAGCAGAAGCUGGGCAUUUUUUCUAUAAAAGUAAGAAUGCUUUUGAUUAUUCUGGCGGUGCUGAUGCAGCAGUAGAUCUAACUUCAGGAAGAAUUUCUACAGGUGAGGUAAUGGAUUAUUCAAGCAAGACUACAGGUCCAUAUCCAGAAACACGACAAGUCAUUUCAGGAGUUGGGAUUAGCACCCCACAGUAUUCCACAGCAAGGAUGACUCCACCUCCGGGACCCCAGUAUGGUGCAGGCAGUGUUUUGAGGUCGUCUAAUGGUGUUGUAUAUUCUUCGGUAGCAACUCCAAUCCCCUCUACCUUUGCUAUCACCACACAACCAGGCUCCAUUUUCAGCACCAGUGUAAGGGAUUUGUCUGGCAUUCAUACAACCGACUCAGCGACUUCGUUGUCCGCCCUGCACCAGGGCCAGCCGAUGCCGAGAUCCUAUUUCAUAGCCACGGGUGCAUCUGAAACAGACAUUGCAGUAACUGGUGUUGACAUCAGUGCCAGUUUGCAAACAAUUACUAUGGAAACUCUGACUGCAGAGGCAAUAGACUCUGUUCCCACUUUGACCACAGCAUCUGAAGUGUUUCCCCAAGUGGUGGGAGAUGAAGGCACUCUUUUAAUUGUCCCUGAAGAAGACAAGCAACAGCAGCAACUGGACUUGGAGCGUGAGCUCUUGGAAUUGGAGAAAAUCAAGCAACAGCGCUUCGCUGAGGAACUGGAGUGGGAACGGCAGGAAAUCCAAAGGUUCCGAGAACAGGAAAAGAUCAUGGUUCAAAAGAAGUUAGAGGAGCUGCAGUCUAUGAAGCAGCACCUGCUCUACCAGCAGGAGGAAGAGCGGCAGGCCCAGCUGAUGAUGAGGCAGGAGACCCUGGCUCAGCAGCAGCUACAGCUGGAGCAAAUCCAGCAGCUGCAACAGCAGCUGCACCAGCAGCUGGAGGAGCAGAAGAUCCGCCAGAUCUACCAGUACAACUAUGAACCAUCGGGAACGGCUUCUCCCCAGGCACCCACGGAGCAGGCUAUCCUGGAAGGUCAAUAUGCAGCCCCUGAAGGCUCUCAGUUCUGGGCCCCGGAGGAUGUGACCACCACAGCUUCCGCAGUGGUGGCCAUCGAGAUCCCCCAGAGCCAGGGCUGGUACACAGUGCAGUCCGAUGGGGUCACCCAGUACAUCGCCCCUCCUGGCAUCCUGAGCACUGUUUCCGAGAUUCCUUUGACUGACGUUGUUGUCAAAGAGGAAAAGCAGCCGAAAAAGAGAAGCUCGGGAGCCAAAGUCCGGGGCCAGUAUGACGAGCUGGGUGAGGGUGCGGCAGAGGAUGCCCGGGGUUUUAAAAAGAUUGUGGACAGUGGUGUCCAGACAGAUGACGAGGAUGCCGCUGACCGGAGUUACGCCAGCAGGCGGAGGAGGACCAAGAAGAGUGUGGACACCAGUGUCCAGACUGACGACGAGGACCAGGAUGAGUGGGACGUGCCCACCAGGGCUCGGAGGAAAGCCCGCGUGGGGAAGUACGGGGAUGGCGGUGCAGAGGCAGACAAGACCAAAGCCCCCUCCAAAGUCACCAGCAUUGCCGUCCAGACCGUGGCCGAGAUCUCUGUGCAGACUGAGCCCGUGGGAACCAUACGGACACCUUCCAUACGAGCCCGAGUGGAUGCCAAGGUAGAGAUUAUUAAACACAUUUCAGCACCUGAAAAGACUUACAAAGGGGGCAGUUUAGGAUGUCAAACAGAAGCAGAUUCAGACACACAGAGCCCUCAGUAUCUCAGUGCCACUUCUCCUCCCAAAGACAAGAAGCGCCCAACACCUUUAGAGAUCGGUUACUCAUGUCACCUCCGGGCAGACUCCACCCUGCAGCUGGCUCCUUCCCCGCCCAAAUCUCCAAAAGUCCUGUACUCACCCAUCUCACCACUCUCAUCAGGCAAAGCCUUAGAAUCAGCCUUUGUACCUUACGAAAAGCCCCUCCCUGAUGAUAUCAGUCCACAGAAAGUACUGCAUCCUGACAUGGCCAGAGCUCCCCCAGCAAGUCCUAAGACAGCCAAGAUGAUGCAGCGGUCUCUGUCUGACCCCAAGCCUCUGAGCCCAACUGCAGACGAGAGUUCCAGGGCUCCUUUUCAGUAUACCGAGGGCUUCACGACGAAAGGAUCCCAAACCAUGACUCCCUCGGGCUCCCAGAAGAAAGUGAAGCGGACGCUGCCCAACCCGCCCCCCGAGGAGGCGCCUGCGGGCUCCCCGGCCUCCUUCGGCACGGCGGGCCCCACGUCCCGCAGGCGGAUCUGCAGGACCAACACCAUGGCUCGCGCCAAGAUCCUGCAGGACAUCGACCGCGAGCUGGACCUCGUGGAGCGGGAGUCGGCGAAGCUCCGCAAGAAGCAGGCCGAGCUGGACGAGGAGGAGAAGGAGAUCGACGCCAAGCUGCGCUACCUGGAGCUGGGCAUCAACCGCAGGAAGGAGGCCCUGCUGAAGGAGCGCGAGAAGCGCGAGCGCGCCUACCUGCAGGGCGUGGCGGAGGACCGCGACUACAUGUCGGACAGCGAGGUCAGCGCCGGCCGGCCGCCGCGCAUGGACAGCGCGCACGGCCUGGAGCGGCCGCGCCCUACACGCAGCAGCCGCUGUUCCACCCGCCCGUCCCGCCCUACCAGACGCAGCCCGCCUUCCAGGCCGUGGCCACCGUGUCCUUCACGCCGCAGGCCCAGCCCACGCCCAGCCCGCAGCCGUCCUACCCGCUCGCGUCCCCGAUGAUGGUGAUACAGCCGAAGCCGCGGCAGACCGCGCUGUACCUGGAGCCCAAGAUCACCUCCAACUACGAGGUGAUCCGCAACCAGCCCCUGAUGAUCGCGCCCGUGUCCUCCGACAGCACCUACGCCGUGUCCCACCUGGGCAGCAAGUACAACAGCCUGGACCUGCGGAUCGGCCUGGAGGACAGGGCCGGCUUGGCCAGCAGCCCCAUCUCCAGCAUCUCCGCCGACUCCUUCUACGCAGACGUGGACCACCACGCGUCGCGGAACUACGUCCUCAUCGACGACAUCGGAGAGAUCACCAAGGGGACAGCGGCGCUGGGCAGCGCCUUCAGCCUCCACGAGAAGGAUCUGUCCAAAACAGACCGUCUGCUGAGAAGCACCGAGACGCGGAGGUCUCAGGAAGUGACCGACUUCCUGGCCCCGCUGCAGACCUCCUCCCGCUUGCACAGUUACGUGAAAGCAGACGAGGACCCCAUGGAGGAGCCGUACGAGUUAAAGCUCCUGAAACAUCAGAUUAAACAAGAGUUCCGCAGAGGGACGGAGAGCCUGGAUCACCUUGCCGGUCUUUCCCAUUAUUACCACGCGGACACGAGCUACCGACAUUUCCCCAAGUCUGAGAGGUACAGCAUCAGCAGGCUCACGCUUGAGAAACAAGCGGCCAAGCAGCUGCCGGCUGCCAUACUCUACCAAAAGCAGUCCAAGCACAAGAAGUCUCUGACCGACCCUAAAAUGUCCAAGUUUUCACCUAUUCAAGAAAGUAGAGACCUUGAGCCUGACUAUUCGAGCUACAUGACAUCCAGCACUUUAUCUAUUGGUGGCAUUUCUUCUAGGGCAAGACUUCUUCAGGAUGAUAUUACUUUUGGCCUCAGAAAAAAUAUUACAGACCAGCAGAAGUUCAUGGGGUCCUCCCUGGGCUCCGGACUGGGUACUUUAGGAAACGCCGUUCGGUCAGCUCUGCAAGAGGAAGCGGAUAAGCCAUACAGCAGCGGCAGCAGGUCCAGGCCCUCCUCCCGACCUUCCUCUGUCUACGGCCUUGACUUGUCAAUCAAAAGGGACUCUUCCAGCUCAUCCUUAAGGCUGAAAGCGCAGGAGGCCGAAGCUCUCGACGCUUCCUUCGGGCAUGCGUCCCCUUCGGCCAGAACGAAGCCCACCAGCCUGCCGAUUAGCCAGAGUCGAGGGAGGAUACCGAUUGUAGCCCAGAAUUCGGAGGAGGAAAGCCCCCUCAGUCCUGUCGGCCAGCCCAUGGGGAUGGCCAGGGCUGCGGCUGGACCCCUGCCACCCAUAUCUGCAGACACAAGGGACCAGUUCGGGUCCAGUCACUCGCUGCCGGAAGUCCAGCAGCACAUGAGGGAGGAGUCGCGGACUCGGGGGUACGACCGUGACAUAGCAGCAUUCAUCAUGGAUGACUUCCAGCACGCCAUGUCAGACAGCGAAGCCUAUCACUUGCGUCGGGAGGAAACAGACUGGUUUGAUAAACCCAGAGAAUCACGUUUGGAGAAUGGACAUCUGGACCGGAAACUGCCAGAAAGAUUGGUCCACUCUCGACCACUCAGUCAACAUCAAGAGCAGAUCUUACAGAUGAACGGGAAGACCAUGCACUACAUCUUCCCCCACGCACGAAUAAAAAUAACGAGAGACUCUAAGGAUCACACUGUUUCAGGUAAUGGACUAGGAAUUAGGAUUGUGGGUGGUAAAGAAAUCCCUGGACACAGUGGAGAGAUUGGAGCCUAUAUCGCCAAGAUUCUUCCUGGGGGAAGUGCAGAACAGACCGGGAAGCUUGUGGAAGGGAUGCAAGUACUGGAGUGGAAUGGAAUCCCCUUAACUUCUAAAACAUACGAAGAAGUACAGAGCAUCAUUAGCCAGCAGAGUGGGGAAGCAGAAAUAUGUGUAAGACUGGAUCUCAGUAUGCUGUCAGACUCUGAAAAUUCCCAGCACCUGGAGCUCCAUGAGCCACCCAAAGCUGUGGAUAAAGCCAAGUCCCCAGGGGUGGACCCCAAGCAACUGGCCGCCGAGCUGCAGAAGGUCUCACUGCAGCAGUCCCCGCUGGUCCUGGCGUCCGUCGUGGAGAAGGGGUCGCAUGGUCACUCGGGCCCCACGUCUGCGGGAUCCAGUUCUGUCCCCAGCCCUGGGCAGCCGGGGUCUCCGUCCGUGAGCAAAAAGAAGCACAGCAGCAGCAAGCCUACUGAUGCAACAAAGGUUGUCUCUCAUCCAAUUACUGGAGAAAUUCAGCUUCAAAUCAACUAUGACCUCGGCAAUCUCAUAAUACACAUCCUCCAAGCAAGAAACCUUGUGCCUCGAGAUAACAACGGUUACUCGGACCCUUUCGUGAAAGUCUACCUUCUUCCCGGGCGAGGCCAAGUCAUGGUUGUCCAGAAUGCAAGUGCUGAGUACAAGAGAAGGACUAAAUAUGUUCAGAAAAGUCUUAAUCCUGAGUGGAACCAAACAGUCAUUUAUAAAAGUAUUUCCAUGGAACAGCUCAAAAAGAAGACCCUGGAGGUGACGGUCUGGGAUUAUGACAGAUUUUCUUCCAAUGACUUCCUUGGGGAGGUACUGAUCGACUUGUCGAGCACGUCUCACCUCGAUAACACCCCUAGGUGGUACCCACUCAAGGAACAGACUGAGAGCAUCGAUCACGGCAAGGCGCACUCCAGCCAGGGCAGCCAGCCGUCCCCAAAGCCGUCCGUCAUCAAGAGCAGGAGCCACGGCAUCUUCCCUGACCCAUCCAAGGCGGACAUGCAGGUUCCAACCAUGGAGAAGUCGCACAGCAGCCCCGGCAGCUCCAAGUCGUCGUCCGAAGGCCACCUGCGCUCGCACGGCCCGUCGCGCAGCCAGAGCCGCGGCAGCGUCACCCAGGCGCACCUGGAGGACGCGGGCGCAGCCAUCGCCGCCGCCGAGGCCGCCGUGCACCAGCGCCUCCCGCCAACAAAGCCCAGCAACCCACGGCCUGCAGAUAGCUCGGCGUCCACCGGCUCCUCCGGCAGCAGCUUUGGCAGCGGCUACAGCGUGGACAGCGAAGGCAGCGGCCCCACCGGGGACACCAGUCUGUUCCCGAUGCCACGAAUAGGGAAGAUGGGGCAGAACGGACAGGAGCCUGUAAAGCAGCCCUCAGGAGGAGGACUGGCAGACUCGGAAGUUAAAACUCAGGUAAUGGGAGAAAUCAAGAUUGCACUGAAAAAAGAAAUGAAGACAGAUGGUGAACAACUAAUAGUUGAAAUUCUCCAAUGCAGAAACAUUACCUACAAAUUUAAGUCUCCUGACCACUUACCAGAUUUGUAUGUGAAAAUAUAUGUGAUGAACAUCUCUACUCAAAAGAAGGUUAUCAAGAAAAAGACAAGAGUGUGCAGACAUGAUCGAGAGCCUUCCUUCAACGAAACUUUCAGAUUCAGCCUCAGUCCUGCGGGACAUUCUCUUCAGAUUCUGCUUUUCUCCAAUGGAGGGAAAUUUAUGAAAAAGACCUUGAUUGGUGAAGCCUGUAUCUGGCUUGACAAAGUGGAUCUCAGAAAAAGAAUUGUCAACUGGCAUAAACUCUUGGUCAGUCCCACUCAGACGCACUAAGAACUUCGUGUGCUCAGGGGGAGUCACCUCCAUCCUGACUGGUUGGAUGCUGUUGUACUGAGCUAUCCUCAAGGCGAGCUCGAAAGGAGACCAACAGGCACAACACCAUUGUUCACCAACAACCUGGUGAACUCACUGUGUGGGUCACAGGAGGAGACACAAAUGGAAAAGUUCAGAGGUUGAAAACAAACCAAUGCAGUAGAGCUCUGAGACCUCGGGUUUUCUUGGUGGCGAAGAGGUGGGAGGGGAAUUUUGAUUUCUUACAGCAAAGGAGAAUCUUCUAGCAGAUAUGAGGCACAGUGGCAAAUGUGAUCUCAAAGGCAGCAUGCAAGAAACUUUCAUGCAAGAAGGUGUGGCUGAAAGAACUGAUGUAAUAAAUCUCAGUUCUCAACAGUGGAAAAAUUCUUCAUCUUGUGUUCUCAGACAAGUUACUUUUUGAGAUCUAACAUAGGAUGCACCUUCGAUGUGCGCCCAGGACUGGAGGAAGACCACAGUGUCCGUGGGCCAAGGAGGCAGGCGGCGCAGAAGUCGUGGCUAGCAACCCACGUUGUGCAGGUUCGCUCGUGUCUAACAUGGUGGGGUACACAACACCAACUGUGGAAUCCAUGUGGUAAAAGCACAUUUGUUUCAGUAUAGUUUUGAAUAGUAUAGAGUGAAGAUAAUACUAGGUAAAAAUGAAAUUAUUUAUCUAGAAAUAAAACCACAUCAGGUGAAUAAAGACUGUUGACUCACCUGAUACUGGAAAUUUGGUUGAAGAUGUCGGAGUCUCCAUAACUGUCCAUUAAGCUAGGCAUUUUCAAUCUACACACCAAAGGACCUAGGUUAGAUUGGUAUGUUCUAGGAAGCAUGAUCACUUGUUCUUUGUGGACUUGCAAAUAAAUGUGUAUCCUGCAUAUUUCUUUUCUCUUGAGUAAUGUAUUGUCAGAGAGGAAAAAUCUUUUCUCUGGCAAACAAAUCAUAUUUAUCUUGUGAAAUUAAAUUGGUGUCAUUUUCUGCUUUUCCAUGAUGUUUUUGCCCUGCACUCAUUACUUGUAUAAUGAAAACUCUGAUGCCAGACUCAAGUUUUCUCUGGCACUCUGUCCCUCCCUCCACUGUGACAGUAUCACAAUGUUCAAGGGGAAAAUACGUACAAUGUCAACAUUUGAGAUUAAAAUAGACUUUGAACUCUUUUAAUAAUAUACAAUGAAACAACAAAUGUCUAUGUCAUUUAGAUGAAGAAUCCUCUUCCCCAUCCACCACAGGUAGUAGAAGUAACCUGGAAUUGUGGGAAACACACUCAGUGGGCGUUAAAAUCCUGGCUUCUUUAUUGAUUCUGCUACUGACACUGUACAUGUCACUUACACUCACUUUCUUCCAGUUUUCUUAUCCAUAGUAUAAAAAUAAUAUUACAUUCCUAACUGUCCUCAUGGGAUGUUGGAAUGAUUAACUCAAGAGACCUAUGAAAAAUGAAAGCACAUUUCCAAAUAUAGUUUUAUACACAGAAGUGAGGUAUAAUUAUUAUGUAACUUUUUAAUUCUAAUUUUAUAUGUAAUAUCACCCUCCAAACCAAUGGCAAGCAUUGGGAUGGAUAAAAAUAGUAAACUAGGAAAAGUAAACACUUCACUUUUUGUUUAAGAUGUGAACUUUGAUUUAACCUGGAAAAAAAGAUGAAUUAAAUGAAAAAGAUGUGCAAAUUUUGUUAUGCUCAAUGCAGUGGGUUACACUGAUCUUAUCCCUUGCUCAUAUCUUACCCGAAAUAAACUAAAUUGCUUCUCAGCAUUUUGAAUUUAAAAGCUGCUACUUUAUUCAAAGUGAGGUUUUAGUGGCAUUAAAAGGAGCCAACUCUAAAAUAUUGGUUGUAUAUUGAAUUUUCUCAAUUGAGAAAAAAUAAAUUUGAGAGAGAUGUAAAACACUAAAACUGAAGAAUUUCUAAAAUACCCCAGGCUACUGUUCAUUAAGGAAAUAAAAUUCACCUCUCUGCACCCAGCAUGUCCCGGUCUUCCCACGGCUCACCCUUCACGGAUAUCGCGUUACUGGUGUGCAGCGCGCUGGGCGCGGGGGAGGAGAAGCACCUAAAAUAGGACAUCGCUAGGAUUUUCUUUUUAGAGAUUACUAGAUCUGCUGAUGGAUAUUUCCAGGAGCAGUUAGCCCUUGAGGAAGCCUAAAUCAUCAGUCAUAACGGGGGAGGAGGAGACCUAAUGCCCUCCCUCUGGCAUGGAGAGCUUGGCUCUCUGCCUCACAGGUGAGCCCUGGCGCUCUUCAGGCUUCAUCCGCAGGGUGAGAGCUGAUGGUCAAUGGCUCACCGCGGUGCAGCCGCAGCUUCCCUCAGAAUAACCUAGUCGGGGGACUGCAAUCCAGAAUUAUCCCUACCUAGCUACUGACCGCGAGGGAGUAGGAGCCUUGCCCUUGCGGGUGCCCCUUGGUUCGAAGGACAGUGGUGGGCUGGGUCAACCAGAAGAGACGCCGCCACAGGGCUUCUUUCGCGCACCAGCAACCCCUGCAGGGAGUGUGUGAGGUCCGGAGUGUGCCAGCUAGCAGCCGGCCAAGCUCCUGGGCUGUACUGGAAUUGUUCUAUGCAACACCGGUCCUUAAGUGCAUGCAUCUCCUCUGCAUGGUGUUGAUUACCCUUCUUACAACAAAACUGUUUCUUUUUUUAAUUGCAAACAGGGCUCUUGGUGUUUUUUACUUUUUUGUAUAUAUCACAGCACAUGAUUUUCCACUUUUUAUUUUAUUUUGUUUUAAUGGGAUUACCUUUUUUUAUCCUAAUGGGGACAGUUUAUAAUCUCUAGUUAAUGUGUGAUUAGUCCAAUUACUGCACCUUUAAAAGCAUCUGAGUUUUCUCAAAGAUUCCUUGUGUUAUCAAAGACUGAGUCUCCUUGUUGCUUUAAAAUUUGGUGUAAGGAAACUUUCAGCUGUAGAAGAAAAAGCACAGAGUGAAUUUUUACAAAAGAAAGGAGAUGACAGACUCAUCAUUAUAGACACAUAUGACCACAACAUCAAGACAGAGGUGUUUUCCCUGUUUUUACUUAAUAUUAAGGAAAUUAUUGAGACACUGAAUUGUUUAUUUGCCAUUGCAGUUUAAGAGAACAGUAUCCAAGAUGAAGGGGAGCACUUGUCUUUGCUCCUUAAUAUUGUCCAUAUUUUAAUAAAUCAUACUAAGUAAAUGCAUAUUUUCAGCAUACCGGUGAGAUUUAUUUUGUGGAUUGCACACAUUUAAAUAGUCAUCUUGUGGGAAUAUUAUAGCUGGUAACCAGCUGAUAAUGACUUUUAUUAUAGGAACGGUUAGGACGAUCGUGGUGGUAUCUAUAGUGACACUAACAGUGGUCAGUGAUGUGAAGUAAAAUAAAUUAUAUAUUAUUAUAUUGUGCCCAGUUUAUUAGAAAUUAUUUGAUCAAUGCUUCAUUUCAUUAAGAUAUCAUAAAGAUGUUGAUAAUAUUUUUUUACUUUAUUAGUUAAAUCAUAACUAACAAUAUUUUUAAAAACUUAUUUUCAUUGCUAUAAUGUCAAAUAUUCCAAAAUCAGCCAACUACAGCUAUAAGUGUUUAUAUCUUUGUGUGUGACAGAAGUGAUUUUCCCUCUAUUUGAGUUUGAAAUGAAAGUAAAAGAAAGCUCAGUGACUGGUUAUGAACAGCUUUUUAAAUAAUUACUUGCCUAUAUGGUGAAUGAAUAAGAUACCUUCAUGGAAUGCAACACAUUGAUGUUUUCUGUAUGUCCCACCUUCUUAUGAUUAAGGAUUCCCGUUAAACCCAACUCAAUUAAUCAAGUUCCUUCCCUGGUAGGUAGAUUAAGUGAGGGUUUUCUUAACUCGUUACGCUGUAUAUAAUGAUACACUUGGUAAAAUAGGCAAAGUUGAAAUACUCAUUUCAUUUGGCAUCUAGCAUGUGAAUACGAUUCUUCUUUGACUGUGUCUAUAUUUAAGUGACGUGCUUAAGUGCACCCUCUACUGAUCAGUACACCCUCUACUGUGUGUACUAACGUCCUAACAACACAUCUGAUGUUAAAUAAAAGAUUCUUGUCUCAAAAAAAUUGAAAACCUAAUAAAAUUGAUUUCAAAAUAAAAAUACAGUACUUGGAGAUAUGUCUUGUUUCUGACUAUAUGUUGCAUGCCAUGUUGGUGAUUCGCUAGUGUGUUUUUUCUUUUUUUUUUUUUUCUUUUUUCCCUAAAUCCUUCUGGAAAACCUAAUGAACAAAUGCAAAUUCUUGGAUAUAAAUUGAUCUGGAAAUAUAUGAGACUUGUAUAAAAUUGCUUGUAAAUCUGUCUUGGGUUUUACUCUAUGUAAAAAUAUGUCUUGGUUUUGUGAUUGUAUACAAGAUGUAUCUUGAUAACUUAUAUAAAUUGUGCUGUAUAAAGGCUGUUGUCUCAGCCUUACUAAUAAAUAUU